CGUUUUCAGUGCGCUCCCCUUGCUCAAUUACGAAGGAAGCCAAGUGCUCGUCCACCCCGUCACGACAGCUCUAGACCCAGGCUUCUCUCCUCGCUGAGCUAUUGACCAACGAGGGUUCCGGACUACCGCUUCGACUGGGGCCACUCUUGUGUCGGUUUCGGCUGGUUUCUGACGCCCUCUGCCAGGAGAGAAACUUAACAGGGCAGCAACGAGACCGACUGCGUAGAUGUGGCGUAAGCGCCGCGGAUCGCUGAAUGGCGCCAACACGCCGCGUGAGUCUCCCAACCUCAUGAAUUCCAACUCGAUCACGAGCAUGCCGUCGUCCAUGUCCAUCACCAGCAGCAGCCCGUUCUUCGGUAGUGACCCCAAUGCCAACGACCGCGCGCUGGUCUUCCGAGUUGAGGUGCCAACACCGGGACCACUGGGACUGGACCUACGAGCGCGACACAUUGAGCGGGACAAACCGCAGCGCGGCGCAGUCGUCAAGGGCUUCCGUCCGCUGCAAGGCGGCAAACCCGGAUACGUCGAGUCAACCGGUCGCGUCAAAGUCGGCGACAUCCUUCAGAUCAUCCACCAGACCCCAAUCGACGACAUGCCAUUUGAGCAGAUUGUAAAGCAUGCGAUGCAGCUGCAGAAAGAUCCAACGGCGUGGCCGCUUGCGAUGGAAUUCCGACGCGAGCCCGAGAAGCAGGAGACCAACCACGCGACGUCGUCCAAGCCGCGACGCAACAGUUUCUUCCGCUCCUCGAUCUCCAUGUCGAAUCCUGUUCAAGAUGGGAAUUUUAACGAGAAAUUGCAGUAUUUCCGCGACUUUUUCGCCACCAGGAUACCCACAGGCGGUGCAGCACCCAAGGAGAAGGAGAAACCUCCUAGGCCACCGAAAUGGGACACUGUCGACGAGAUGUAUCGCGAGUUGAUGUCGAAACGUGGAGUGCCGGAAGAUGUGAUGGACGAGUUGAUUCGCAUUGAGUCUCUGGAGACUAAAUGGCACGUGGUAUGGUACGCACAGCAGAAUGAAAACGAAGACAACACGAAAUCAAAUGCGACGGAAGCGGAAAAGUUUGCGGAGAAUCUGGUGGAGCUGAAAUGGGAUAACAAGGGCUUGAAGGAACUUGAAGCGCUUCGGGGCAAGAUCUCGAUUGUGUCGACGGACUGGUUAGAGUCUUUCCUGGCGCAUUUCGGUUUAGACUACCUUACCAUGAAGCUGCCGGAUCCGUCUCCGUUUCCUAUAGAAAACUCCAAGUACGAGAAGGCUACGCGCAUUUGCGAGGUGAUCUUGCGAAUCUUACGGUCGCUGACGCAUUUUACUGCAGGAGUGGAGGCGAUUACCAACACUCCGGGGCUUGUUAAGAGAGUAGCGUUGUGUUUCCACACAGAGAAUGGUGAUGUGAAGAAGUAUACGUUGCAGCUGCUUGGGAUUGUGUGCUACAACAGCGCGGCUGGACAUUCUGCUGUUAUCGAGGCGUUCGAUCAUUACAAGGAGACCAAGGGCGAGGCCAUUCGCUUCAGUUGUCUGCGAGAUGCGCUCAAAUCGACACGGUACUCGUUGGUGUUUAAAGAAGACGUGCUGAGUUUUGUCAAUAUUAUUGUGAAUAAGGCCAUCCGGUUGGAAGAUCGACUAGCGAUUCGCUCCGACUUUAUGGCACUCAAGAUGGCUGGUUAUUUCGAAGAGAUCCGUGCAAAAUCUCUUGCUGUUCAACGCACCAAAUACCCUCUCGCUAGCUCUGUUGCUGGCGCCUCGUCCGAUGAAAGCUCCAACGGAGUUCCGUCCCCGAUGCCUGGUGGCCCAGCAACUCCUUCGCCUCUUCCGAACAAGCAUAUUGCACGGAAUAUUCCCUCGCCAGUUUUGAGCUCUCGGUCGUCAGAAUCUCCUGUUACUGGACGGGGCAAGGAUCCUGGAACUCCCGUCAGUAGAUUUGACUCGUUGAAGACUCUGGGUGGUCGACGAUCGUCAAUAAACAAGGGUGACGAUCAAACCAGCCGUCUCUCAGCGAGCAAAAGCGCACCACCGUCGCCCAUAGAUCGGGAGCCGGGGGCGCUUUCUCCUGAUGGAACAAUCGUCCGCUCUUCACUUCCACUGGACAAUAAGGGUGGGCCACGCUUCGGAAUUGGAGGCAAUAGCAUCAUAAGCAGCUCGGUGACGCAACUGCGGAACCAACUGGACAACAUGGAGAAGCAGAUCGAUGUGUUCGAACAGUUUAUGGAGGAUGACCGGAAAGACACGAUAUAUGAGCACACUGAUCUGGCCUCGGUAGAUAGUGUGUACCGAUCUCUAUUUGACAGUGUCACGAACGAUCCCGAGCUCCAAGCGUGCUUUCUAUCGAUUCUGCAGCAGUUGCUCUUCAUUCCUGGCGAUCGAGUGAUUGGAAAGGAGAUGUGGGCGCUGUCCGAAAAAGUCAUGAAGCAGAUCACUUUGCUGGCUCCAGUCGAGGAAGUGCGCAACUUCGAGCUCGGAUACGAUGACCGGAAGACGCUUCUGAAGAUGCGAGACCGGUACGCUCAGUUCCUGCAGAAAUGUGCUGACGAAGACCCCACGUUUCAAUUUCGAAUGGGUCCGAUCAUCCUGAUCGAGAACAAGGACCGGGAUCAUGAUGAUCUUGCGCUGUCGGACGUGACGUCUGACGAAACUGAUGAGGACGAUACGCUGUCGAGUGUGGUGGCGCAUGAACAUCCGGAUCUGAUGAAAUACUUCAAGCUAUUAAAGAUGGGAAUGCCGAUACAGCACGUGCAGCUUAAGAUGAGCAGUGAGCUACAAACAUUCGAUCCGUCCAUUUUGGAGACUCCUGACAGGCUGAUCCAGAUCACGAAGGAAGCCGAUGAGAAGAAGGGCACGCGAGCUGAGGAGCAUGAAAAGUAUGCGAAGUUUUUCAAGCUGAAGAAGAUGCCGAUGCCACAUAUUGAGCUCAAGAUGUCGGCGGAGGGCCUUGACAGCUCGAUUUUGGAGACGCCCGAUCUGCUUCUUGACGAAGACGGUAAUGAAGUGAAAGAUGGUGCGGUUGACACAGGAUUCACUGGUAUCCCGGUGAAGGAACAUGAAAAGUUCGCCAAGUUUUUCAAGCUGAUGAAGAUGGGUAUGCCUCUUGAGCACAUUCAGUUGAAGGCAUCAGCGGAAGGGCUCGAUGCGUCGUUGCUGAGCACACCUGACCAGCUCUUGGAUGAAGAAGGGAAGGUUUUCGUUCCUGGCAAAGCGGAACAAGCUCCACAGGGGAUCGCUGUGAAAGAUCAUGUGAAGUUUGCCAAGUUUUUCAAGUUGAUGAAGAUGGGGAUGCCAGUGGAACACAUUAAACUGAAGGCGUUGGCGGAAGGAUUGGACGGUGAACUGCUAGCGACGCCGGACGUUCUUCUGAAUGAAGAUGGAAGCAAGUUUGUUGAAGCCGCGGAAGCUGCUGUGAAGGGGAUUCCUGUGAAGGACCACGAGAAGUUUGCGAAAUUCUUCAAGCUAAUGAAGAUGGGAAUGCCUUUGGAACACAUUAAACUGAAGGUGUCUGCUGAAGGCUUAGAUGGAGAGUUGCUGUCUACUCCUGAUGUUCUAGUGGAUGAGGACGGGAAGAAGGUGGAAGGGGCUUCUGCAAAGCCUAAGGGUGUACCUGUGAAGGAUCACGAGAAGUUUGCCAAGUUCUUCAAGCUGCUGAAGAUGGGAAUGCCUAUGGAACACGUGAAGCUGAAAGCCUCUUCUGAGGGCCUCGACGCCAACUUGCUGGAAACACCCGAUAAGUUGGUCGACGAGGAUGGAAAGGAAGUGAAGGGCGAGACCUCCACUCCGAAGGGUAUUCCUGUGAAGGAGCACGAGAAGUUUGCUAAGUUUUUCAAGUUGAUGAAGAUGGGGAUGCCUCUACCUCACAUCAAGCUGAAGGCUGCAUCCGAGGGACUGGAUGGUGACCUUCUCGAUACGCCUGACAAACUGGUAGAUGAGGAUGGGAAGGAGAUUAAGGCAGGCAGCGGAAAGAAGGUGAGGGCAUCCGAACAUCCGAGCUACGUCAAGUAUUUUAAGUUAUUGAAGAUGGGCAUGCCGCGCCCACAACUGGAGCUCAAGAUGAGCGCAGAGUCACUGGACCCGAAAGUAUUAGACACACCGGACGAGAUGGUUCCGGAGGAUUUAUCCUCUACAGCUCCGAAGACACCGGCGAAACUUGUUGUGGCGGGACCUCCGAAGCCUAAGCUCCGGAAUCUGUACUGGGAGGCAGUCAAGAGCGAGGAGACAGCUGGCACGAUUUGGGAAAGUUUUGCGAGAGAGGAAGAGGGGAAGAAGGCAGCGGAGUCUGCGGGCCCUCCGAGCGUCGCGGAUCUGUUCGCUGCAAGAGCAAAAGCUCAGAAACCGAAGCCCAAGAAGGACGUGCUGGACAAAUUCGUCGACCAACUGUCGGAUAUCUUCGUGAACAAGCCUGCCAAGACAAAGGAGGCUGAGGCAAAGAAGCCCACGAAGCGGCGAGCGCCCACGCGUGUUGCAUUGAUCGAUGCGAAGCGAGCAAACAACAUCGGUAUCAUGCUGGCACGGUUCCGACUGCCGUACUAUAAGCUUCGGAACGCGGUGCUGCUGGUCGAUAAGGAGUUAUUGUCUGUUGAGCGAGUAUCUGCACUGCUUCAGUUUGCCCCGGAGGACGAAGAGCUGGAUGCUGUACGAGGUUACACUGGUGAUCCGAAGCUGCUAGGAGAUGCAGAGCAGUACUUCCGCGAGAUGCUGUGCGUGCCUCGAUUAACCACUCGGUUACAAGCGAUUCAUGCUACGUGGCAGUUUGACGCGUACGUAGAGGAACAGCGGAAGCUCAUGGAGUCGGUGUCGAACGCAUGUCGCGAGCUACACGAUUGCGAGCCUCUCAAGGAGAUUUUCCGUGUUGUUUUAUCGCUUGGAAAUGCUUUGAAUGAUGGCACUGCGCGCGGUGGAGCAAAGGGUUUCAAGUUGAAUAUUCUACUCAAGUUGAACCAAGUGAAGGCGGCUGACAACUCUAUCAAUCUGCUGAACUACGUUGCCAGGGUGCUGCGUGCUAAGGACCCGGCUAUCCUCGAGUUUGACAAGAGUCUGCCUUCUAUCGAGAGUGCAAGUCGUGUCACUACUCAGAUGCUCAAGGCUGGCGAGAGUGCCGUGCGUAAGGCCGCGAAUCUCAUCUGUAACGAACUGGAAGUGCACGCGAAGUUGCCAGAGAAGGAGUACCCACAGCCUGAGCCAGUGCCGGACUCUGACGGAGAACCGGAGAAGAUCUCGGAUCGCUUCCAGGAGGUAGUCAAGCCGUUCGCUGACCGUGCAAAAAAGGCUUCGGAGAAGAUCUCGGAGGACCUAGAGUCCAUGACAAAAAGCUUUGAGGAGACCGCGUCGUUCUACGGCGAAGACCCGUCGAGUCCGGACUGCGGACCCGAUGCGUUCUUCUCCAUCUUCUACUCAUUCGCCAAGGAGCUUCAGUCAGCCGAUCGUGACAACGAGCGCAAGCGGAUUGCUGAAGAGCGGAGGAUUCGUCGGGAAGAGGAAACUAAGAAGCGUCUGGAGCAGCUCAAACUGAAGAAGAAGAAGAGCAGCUUCGCGGCGUUGAAGACGGGCGACGUGGACGACAUCGUGUCCAAGAUCCGCGCCAAGCGUGUAGAGGAGAAGCGGCGCGAGAUGCUGGCGGCAAAUGGGUCGGCACCUCCUUCGUCGACGGGAUCAAACAGGGGAUCGGCCAGUGCACCGCGCAGUAGUUCCAGCAACAGUUCUAAAGCUGCAGCCGCCACAGAGCCCACACCUGCCAUGGAAGCCGUAUAAACUGGCGUGUGUGUGUGUAUUCGUUCGUAUGAUCAUAAACAAUGGGGAGUAUAAAGCUUGUAGGCGCCAGCACGACUUUGUGACCGUCUGGUGUUGAAGGCGUUGCAACAAGUAGGACUAAAUCACAUUUUAUUGACAUGCUGUUGGAUAGUUUUCAGACACAAAUUUUGGCG